AUUUACGAAUAAUCUAUCUAUCGAAUCGUACAAUCGRAAAUCAUGGAGGUUCUCAUUUCAAACUGGUCUGACGUUCGAUCUUUGCCGGAAAGCUACGUUUUCCCACCAGAACAGAGGCCGGGAACCAACGAAGUUCCGGCAAGCAACGAGAUUCCGAUCAUCGAUCUUGAAGGAAUCGAGGGUCCUGAACGAUCGCAAAUCGUUCAGCAAAUUAUAACAGCAAGCCAAGAUUUCGGACUCUUUCAGGUGAUCAAUCAUGGAGUUUCGAGAGACUUAAUGGACCGAACGAUGGAUGUUUUCCGAGAGUUCUUUGCGGCGCCCGCGGAUUUYAAAGCGAGAUUCUAUUCGAAUGACUUGAACUCGAGCUGUCGACUUUACACGAGCACGUUAAAYUAUGAAAACGAAGAGGUUCAUUACUGGAGAGAUAACUUGACCCACCGGUGUCAUCCGGUUGAAGAUCAUAUCGACCAUUGGCCUGAAAACCCGCUCAAUUAUCGGAAAGUCGUUGCGGAAUACUCGAUUGAAUCGAGGAAGUUUCUAUUAACGAURUUGGAGCUAAUUUGCGAUGGAAUCGGACUCGAAACCGGGUAUUUCAAAGGUGAAAUGAGCAAGAAUCAAUUGAUAUCGGUGAAUCAUCACAUUCCGUGCCCCGAUCCGAGUUUAACGCUCGGAAUGCCCCARCAUUGUGAUCCGAAUCUUAUUAGCAUGCUUCAACAAGGAGAUGUUUGUGGACUUCAAGCUCGAAAAGACGGUCAAUGGAUCGGGGUUGAGCCUCUUCCCCAUGCUUUCGUUGUCAUUCCGGGCCUUCAGUUACGGGUUAUAAGCAACGGGAAGCUAUCAAGUGCGGUGCACCGAGUGGUGACCGAUUUGAAGCGAUCACGAACCACCAUCGGGACCUUUCUGACUCCUUCAAACGACAUCUUGAUACAACCUGAGGAUGGUCCAACCGAUACCCCAGCGCCAGUGUACCGAGGUUACACGUACAAAGAGUUUUUCAAUGCCUUCAUCGRUAACAACUGUGAGGCCGAAUCGGCCCUCCAGUGUUUUAAGCUAUGAGCACGUUCAAGGUGUUAUGUUAUGUGUGGUUUUUCAAGUCUUUUUAAACUUACGGUUUAAACUGAUCAAAUGGUAAUGUUUAAAUGUAUUUGGAUCAUGAAAUUGUGAAGUAAUAAAAUGUGUGUCAUGUAUUGA